AGAGUACAGCUGACACAGACAGAGAGGAAGGAACACUGACCUGUGCAUGAUCAAUGCAGACAGGAUCGCCAUGGAGGCCACCAGCAUGACCACGAUGGAAGUGCCACCGACGGGGCUCACCAAAAAGGGCUCAAUCAAGAAGAAGAUUGAGAAGUUGAGGAGAUGGAGCACCUCCUCUGGCGGCAGCUUCAAGCGGCCCUCGAAACCCCCGAAGACCCUGAGCCUGUUAUCCCCCGCCGAGGAGGAGGAACCCCAGCAUCGGGAGAGGGAGAGGGAGCGUCGCCGACUCCGGCCCAUUGUGGCCUCAGUGUUUGGGCAGAGCUGAGGGAGGCCUUCACUGAGUUCGAUAAGGACAAGGACGGCUUCAUCAGCUGUAAAGACCUGGGCGAGUGCAUGCGGACCAUGGGAUACAUGCCCACAGAGAUGGAGCUGAUCGAACUGAGCCAGCAAAUCUGUGGUGGUAGAGUGGACUUUGAGGACUUUGUGGACCUAAUGGGCCCCAAGAUGUUGGCUGAGACAGCAGACAUGAUCGGAGUGAAGGAGCUGAGGGAUGCUUUCAGAGAGUUUGACUCUAACGGAGAUGGUCAGAUCAGCCUGGCAGAGCUCAGGGAAGCCAUGAAGAAGCUGAUGGGAGAGCAGCUGAAUCAGAGAGAGAUUGACGAAAUCCUCAGAGAUGUAGACCUCAACGGGGAUGGCCUGGUCGACUUUGAAGAAUUUGUCCGAAUGAUGUCCCGCUAGUAUUCACAUACAACUGUGUGAAGCCAAGUAGGAGAGGUGAGGACAUCAUGAACGGACCAAUCAUGCAAGUCCAGAACUAAUGUGAUUGCCCAGUUAAGGGUUACCUUAUCGUGUCAAACCUGUUAUGUUGUUUUAUGUACAAAUUCAUGUUGUUUUUAUUUUUCUAGCACUCUCACCCUGUGUGGAUAUCAAAAAGAAAUAUUCUGUAAAUACGGUUUUAAAUUUUUUUUUUUGUACUCUCUAUUCUGUAAAUGAGUAGUUUGACCUGCAUUUUACCUCUGUCAGAAAAUUACAUAUGUCUGAAAAAGAUUGAAAACAGCUGUGGUCAUCUCUGAAGUGACUGGUCAUACAAUUUUGCCGGACCUUGCGAGAGAUGUACAUAUGCUAUGUUAUUUACUCAUAAUUAUAUAUUUUUUGUGCCACACAUAAACUACAGUGACAACUUUAUAUGGGGCUGUGUAGCACUUCACUGAACAAUCCAUCAUAACAAUUAUGAACAUUGUCAUAACACUUAUGGCCAAGGCCAUUUUAAUAUUAUCAUGAGUUAUUGUUAAAUGCCAUAACAGUGCCAUGUACACUACCAGUAACUGUCAUGACAGUUUCUGGUGUCUGAUGCCACAAAAGCCAAUAUCAUGUGAUAAUAAGCUAUCAUAGCACUGUUAUUACUAACGGUGUGAUUGUCAUGAAAAUGUUCUGAAAUCUCGAAAUAUCAUUCUGACCUGUUUAUGUUGAUUGCUUGAGUCUUAUGAAGAAGAGUUCAAAUGAAAUGGUACGGGAAGAUUUGAGAUGUGCAAUAUACUUUACUUAAUGAUUACC